AUGUGUAUCUCUCUCUCUCUCUCCUCGCGUCUGCGCGCCUUUCCCUCCGCUACAUUUUGCGCAUGAAUCACGUUUCAGCAACCAGGUCGAAAAUGUUUGGACUACAUCUCUAUAGGAACAGCGGCAGAAGCUGCUAUUACACACAGAAGGUCUAAUUACCGGACUUUGUGCUGGUGCAGCCUACACGUGAGUCGGAAGCUGUUCCCUACCGGAGGCGCGCGUGCGCUCUCACCACAGCACCGACGGCUUUGCGAAGUGGCAGCUCAGGGAACUCUAGACAUCAGUGUGAAUCGAAGCUCCACCGGAGGACACGCACUGUGCAUCAUCUCCCCGAGCCGUCCGUCCGUCCGUGGGUCGUGGAAUAACAAACAUUCCCUAAAGAGACUGACGAGCUGAUAGAAGGAGAGGAGUGAUGGAUGAAAGAAUACCGCAUUUACAGGACAGACAGUUCAUGGAGCACCCAGACUUCUUGGGGUGAGUGUCGCUUUCUGCAAACUGUAUCAAACUAUCUGUAAUACACUUUAAAUGUUAAUAACCGUGCGCUUUUCUCUUCCGUUUAGGGUGGAUUAUCCCUCUCUGUACAUGUGCAAAUCCAAAAGAGGAAUAAAACGAGAAGAUGGUGGCAAGGUGCGCGUGCUGUCUUUUUCUUAAAAAAUCUAAAAUCUUUCUUUUUGUCCAUUUAAGAGCGUUUGACGUUCAAUGGACUCAAAAUACUGAAUACAUACAAAACGGCAACUUUCCUACUCACAUUUACACUUGUGUUUGUGCCAGCAGGACGCAUACAAGUUACCCCACCGGUUGAUAGAAAAGAAGAGGAGAGACAGAAUCAAUGAAUGUAUCGGCCAGCUGAAGGAUUUAUUACCCGAACAUCUGAAGCUUUCGGUACGUUCAUGAUCCCACAAAAAGUUUUUAUCUACCCAAGAAAGCUGGUUGUAGAUGACAGAGACUUUAUAAACUUCUGUGUUUUCUCUAUAGACGCUCGGGCAUUUGGAGAAAGCAGUUGUUCUGGAGUUAACGCUGAAACAUCUGAACGCACUGACUGCUGUCACCGAGCAGCAGCACCAGAAGAUCGUCGCUCUGCAGAAUGGUAAGAUGAACAAACGCGAUCGAAAGUUUACUGAGAAGCUGCACUCUUCUUUGGUUGUUUUAUUUGAGAUUAUGGUGCAGUUUUUUUCUUGGAGAGCGCAACAUUGCGCAUUUUGCCAAAACCACAACCAAGUUUAAGAACUGUUAUUGUACUAUGACUGAUGGAGUGUGACACCUAACAGAGUAUUCAUCUGUUGAUCUUUGCACUUCGUCUUUUCACAGGGGAUCGGUCGAUGAAACCUUCCAUUCAUGCAGAUCUGGACGCGUUUCACUCCGGGUUCCAGGCCUGUGCCAAAGAGGUCCUGCAGUACCUCAGUCAGUUUGAGAACUGGACGACCAGAGAGCAGAGGUGCGCGCAACUCAUCGGCCACCUUCACAAGGUGCUGGCGCAGUUCCAGUCUGGCGCGUCACCGCUCCAGCACCAGCUCCCCUCCGGAGACUCACAGGACGGACAGAAAGCCGACAGUCAAGCGAACUGCGUCCCGGUCAUCCAGAGGACCCAGGGCGGGGAGCUUAACGAGAAUGACACGGACACGGACAGUGGAUACGGAGGGGAGGCGGACAAGAGUGAGGCGAAGGACAAAGAAUGUGAGCGCAACAAAGCGCAGCAGGGACACAGAGCGGUUAAGGUCAAGCAGGAGUUUGGAGAUGAGCGCACUGCCAAGAAACCAAAGAUGAACUGGCCCGGGAGUGGGUUGAGCGGCACAGACCCUAACCGACCCGACUUGGCAUUUAUGAACUCACUGAUGGGAAUAAGCAGUGUGGGACAGCAGACACCAAUUUGCAUGCCUUUCUACUUCAUCAACCCAUCGGCUGCGGCGUCUUAUAUGCCUUUUUUCGACAAAAACAACAUUGAGAAGUACAUGUACCCCGCGGCUGCCGCUCUCGCGUCCCCUUUCCCGUGGCUUUAUCCCGCACACGCGUCAGCCGCGGCUGCUGCCGCUGCCGCUGCCGCGUUCCCCAGUCUGUCUGCGCACUUUGGAGCUUCCUCUCAGUCCAAGGACUCCCAUACUCCAGACAGCGAGGAGUCACGCGAGGCUGAGACAGGCUCACCCGUGGAGCGCGAAGAUAGUCCCGCGAGCGGCAACAGGGAGGAUGAGGAAGCUGAUUCGUCUCGGGAGAGCGACAGCAGCCCGCAUGAUCAGCUUUCUGCUUCUUCUUCUUGUUCGACGAGCUAAUCAGUCUGUGUCACCUUUCCGUGCAUUCUGCUGAGGAGUUUGUUUUACUUUUGAGAUUAGGCUUAAACGAGGUCUCACUGAGGAGUUUCUCAUGUACAAAAAUGUUGGCGAAUAAAGGGGACAGUUGUGACGGCGCGUGCCUUUUGCACUUACGCUCGCUUAAUGAUUAUCGACAGUGAUUGACAUCAACACCGGAGCUAGUUUUUUAACCUCUUUGAUAAGAAAAAAAAAUAUUUUGAAAUGGCAGCAUUGGUGCCAAAACUUUGAGAACUAUUCCAGUUACCCAAUCAGCGAGCCUCUUUGGAUGUAUGGCGUUGCAACUGACCUCAGCCAAUGUUGUUAAAAGCCUGGCAAACUGUAAAUAUUCAGGCUGGUUCAUGAACAUGUAAAUGUGCACUAAGUGGGCCUUUAAAAGAAGUGCAACGCCCACGGUACCUCAUCCCCUUUAGGGGGCAUAUUACUGUCCCUCCUGUGAAGAAAUGAAGUUAACCUCCAGCCCCCAAAAUACACACACACACAAACAUUAAACACACACAUUUGAAAAGAAAGACAAAAUUCAGACACCUCAAUCAUUACGCAUUUAUGACGAAGAAAGUAUGAAAGAGGUACUUUCCUGUUGCCUGAGUUAACUCUUGUUCCCUUUACUAGUUCAGUCAAUCUCUUAAGUCAUUGGAGUGAUAGAAAGUUAAAGCCCUGCUCUGAAAAAGAGGGCUGCUUGACCAGCACAUUGUACACCUUCUGAAUGCAGCAUUUCAGCACAGAGGUGAAGUGACCUGAGACUCUUGUACCUCCAGGAAAAAGCAUUGUAGGAUAGCACCUUAAAGAUCUUUGAUAUUGAAUGUACCUGUAUUUUCCCAGUUGUUAAAGUUUGUAUGUAGAAUGAUCUUUACUCUUUGAGACGUAAAGUGCACUUUUUUCUGCUUCUUCUUUCUCCCCUACUGUCACUUUGUCCUUUAAAGAAGUCAAUCACUGUAGUUCUCUCUGCACCUUUACUUUGUGUUCAGUUAAAGUAAGAAUUUGAUUUAAUUUCAACAGAGAAAGCUGAGAUACCAUAUGUAUUGUGAGUAAAGCAAUACUUGGCCAAAUGCCCUUUUUAACAAGAACAAGCUAUUUAAACGCAAAAUGUUUCAGAUCUGACAGCAGAUCGGACUAUUCCUCAUUCUGUGUUCUGUAAACCUCACUUUUAACUUUGACAAAGGUGGGAAAAAAGCUGUGGUCACAUGACUGUCAGACUAUUAGCAUUGCUGUUUUAAGACCUUCAACUUUAUCUCAGCCUGUCUUCUGAGAGAUUAAUUACUGCAAGUGUUGUGUUGUUCAGCUUUCACAUGUGACUGACUAAACAGAUGGUUUUCAUUGUAUUUUGCAUACAUGACAUUGCUUUUGUAGAUUUCUUCUGCUCUUUUUUCUGCCUCAAAUUCAUUUUUUCAACUGUGCUAUGAAGUGGCAUGUGCGUCUGUAUAUACUGGUAGGGUUUUUUUUUUCCUGUGAAUAUACCAUAAAGAGUACAUGUCUGUGUCAAUGUUGUAGAAGUCUAUGGAUUUUUUUUUUUAAGAUUUAACUGAGCAACUGUUGCACAUUUCGUUAAUGCUUUACACAUAUGCUGUUAUAAAUUAUUGCUGAUGAGUUGUAAAAUAAAUAUCAAAACUAAACUUUGCACUUUUCUUCUUCUGUUCAGUGGGACGGUUUAUAUGAGUCCUUGUGACUCUCUUACAUCAUACUGCCUGCAUGUGUGUGUUUUUAUGUAAUUGAAAUACACACAGUAACACACUGAAUUAUGCAUGCACAGGACAAAAAGAUCAGAGUUCAGUUUAGUUAAUACCCUCUUCUCAUAUAGGAAACUGGAGGUCCUGCAGAUGAAACAUAUUGUUACAAAGACUGUAAUCAGCUCACAGGCCACAGUAGAGGAAUGUACAGUAAGCUCAGGCUUUAAACAAAUGUCAUGUGAUAAAAGGAUGAUGAAGUGAGAUUACCCUCGGUCUGUACAGGCGAAUGAAAAACAAGGGGGCCUCCUUCCAACUUGUCAAAAGCUUUAAGCAGGCUCAAAUCCAGCCUUUGUUGUUGCCACUAACUGCUUUACUCCAAUAUUCUCUUUUAAUCUGUAUGAAUAAUUUCAAGUGCCUGACUUGGUGCUUUCCAGUAAACACUGGCAACAAUGAGUCUUACAUAAAGCCAACUUCUGCUUUCCAAGAAAGGGAAAGCUGCCUUAAAUUUACAGUGUAAAAAAAAAAACAAGGUCCUUCAUGUUCACGAAAAUCUACUUUUUUAUUUCUAAACUCAGAUUAUAAAAUCUCUUAGUGUCUUUAACCAGCAGUCAAAGCAUCUCCAAAUGCAUCUUCACCUGUAUUCUUGUUACCUGACAUCCUCCUCU